CUAGCUGGGGGAAUUUCGAUCGUAAGUUUAGGAUGCUUCAGUGAAGCGAUGCAUAUCGAGAGUUGCUGGUUAUGUCACAGUAAUAGUUUGUCGGUACUAUGAUAUCUGGAAAACUAAAGAACUUUCGCAAAACGAUAGAAGACGUACGUGAAGGAAAGGAGCAUGCAUUAGAGGCCAUCCGUAAAGACCUGACUUCGAUUCCUUACAUCCCAGAGCUUGCAAAGUUGGAUCAUUUACGUUCCCUAACUCUGUCUCACAAUAAAAUAACGGAAAUACCUCAAGAGAUAUCAACUCUGCAAACUUUAGAACACCUGAAUCUCUUUAAUAAUUGUAUUAUGGAUAUCUCUCCAAAGAUUGUGGAGUUAACAUAUUUACGGUCUUUAAAUCUUGGGAUGAAUAAGCUGUCUGUCUUACCUCGCGGUUUCGGUGCUUUCCCUUCCCUCGAAAUUCUCGACUUGACGUAUAAUAACUUAAAAGAAACUAGUUUACCUGAUAAUUUCUUCAACUUGGUAACACUUAGAGCUCUAUACCUGUCAGACAAUGAUUUCGAACGCAUUCCACCUGGCAUUGGAAAGCUUUUGAAUUUGGAAAUAUUGGCUCUUCGUGACAAUGACCUUGUGUCACUACCAGCAGAGAUAUGUUUACUUACCAGACUAAAGGAACUCCAUCUUCAGAACAAUCGCCUUGCUGUACUGCCUCCUGAAUUAGGUAUACUUGAUCUCUGUGGGCCUAAACAGGUAGCUAAACUAUCAGGCAAUGAUUGGGUUUCACCAAUAGAGGAUCAGUUACAAGUUGGUCUCUCUCACGUCUUUGAUUAUAUUCGGUCAGAGACAUACAAAUUCUUAUACCAACGACACAUAGCAGCUGAUAAUAAACCAAGACCAAUAGCUGAUAAAUCCAAAAAAAUCAGUCGCAAAGUUCAGUGAAGCUUAAUCUUGUUUGGCACCUAGAACCAACUAGUAAUACCUUCUUUAGGCUUAAAUAUGCUAAUCGAUUAGCUUUUUUCUCCGUGCAAAAUGUUCUAAUAAUAUGUUUUUAACAAAUGUAAAUCAAGACCACGUAAUUUGUUUAAACAAGUGCUUUUUUCUAUCGUUAUUUAAUUACUUUUUCAUGAAUACAUUUGUUUGAAAUAUAAAGUCAACUCAACUUCUUUAUAACAAGGAUAUUAAGCCUCUUUUAAACAUGUUCUAUUUAUUGUAGUUUAUUGUCUCUUUAUAACAGUUCUUAUUUUUUAUUUACCAAGUUAAUCUUUUUUUGUGUAUGGCGAAUAUUUCUUUGUUCUAAUUAUUUCGCAAAAUGCAAUGUUUUGUUGUCUUUAUCCAGUUGCUUUUUAAUUCUCUUCAUUAUUUUCAGCCUGAUAUUCAUUAUAGUUAUAUUUGGGUUUUUGUUCUAUAAAAUUUAAUACAAUAUUUACAGUGGAA